CUGUCUCCUAGCUGCACCGGGGCCGAGCGCCCCCUCCUAUCUCCCCCUCCUCCGCCCUGCGUACCCCGCCCGUGAUCGCAUCGCGAGCCCCUCCCGCUGCACCGGGCUGGGGGAUUCGGCCGCCCCCGCCCCAACCGGGAGGCGGCGGCGGCCACCCAAGGCUGCAGUGGGGACCAAGAUUUAAGGCCCGGCGGCGGCCCUGCGUCUAGACCGGGCACGCGGGGUCUGUGCCUCUGCGCCCCCAGCCCAGGGCCGCGGUGCCUGGCCUCGCCACAGGCUGGAAGAGGCAUUCAUAACCCAGCCCUGAUCAAGCUCAAGAACAUUUUCAAUAGCACACAAGGUUCUUUCCUGUCCCUUCCCAAUCCAUGAGGCCCCCAGGAAGAGCCUCUUCCUCCGCCUUGUGCCUGGUCUUGCCUUCCAGCUCUGAAAUCCUGCAGUGUUUUCAGCUUGGCUUCUUUCCUCCUCCGGGCCCCUGGCUGUUGGUGAACUAAGCCUCCUUGAUCUCGCAGGCCGGGCCCACCCGCGGCCCCCCAUGAGCGCGCCCGGCUGACCCUGGAGGCGGCCGCGGUGGAGCCGGCGCGCCCCGAGGGCGGCGGGGCCAUGGCCUCGCUGGACCUACCGUACCGCUGCCCGCGCUGCGGGGAGCAUAAGCGCUUCCGGAGCCUAUCGUCGCUGCGCGCGCACCUGGAGUACAGCCACACCUACGAGACGCUCUACAUCCUUUCCAAGACCAACAGCAUCUGCGACGGCGCGGCCGCCGCUGCAGCCGCUGCCGCCGCAGCCUCUGGAUUCCCGCUGGCGCCUGAGCCCGCCGCCUUGCUGGCUGUCCCCGGGGCCCGGCGUGAGGUCUUUGAGAGCACGUCCUUCCAGGGCAAGGAACAGGCGACCGGGCCCUCGCCCGCGGGGCCGCACCUGCUGCACCAUCAUCACCACCACGCGCCACUGGCGCACUUUCCCGCUGACCUGGUGCCCGCUAGCCUGCCCUGCGAGGAGCUGGCUGAGCCGGGGCUCGUGCCCGCUGCGCGCUAUGCGCUACGCGAAAUCGAAAUCCCACUCGGCGAGCUGUUUGCGCGCAAGUCCGUGGCAUCCUCUGCCUGCUCGACGCCGCCACCCGGACCUGGCCCUGGUCCUUGUUCCGGGCCCUCCUCUGCAUCGCCGGCGUCGCCAUCACCUGCGGACGUCGCCUACGAAGAGGGCCUGGCACGCCUUAAGAUCCGCGCCCUGGAGAAGCUGGAGGUGGACCGGAGACUAGAGCGGCUGAGCGAGGAGGUGGAGCAGAAGAUCGCGGGCCAGGUGGGUCGGCUACAGGCGGAGCUGGAGCGCAAGGCAGCAGAGCUAGAAACUGCAAGACAGGAGAGCGCGCGCCUGGGACGCGAGAAGGAGGAGCUGGAGGAGCGCGCCUCUGAGCUCUCACGCCAAGUGGACGUGAGCGUGGAACUGCUGGCUUCACUCAAGCAGGACCUGGUGCAUAAGGAACAGGAGCUGAGCCGCAAGCAGCAGGAGGUGGUGCAGAUCGACCAGUUCCUGAAGGAGACGGCAGCUCGGGAGGCCAGUGCCAAGCUGCGGCUGCAACAGUUCAUCGAGGAGCUCCUGGAGCGUGCAGACAGGGCCGAGCGCCAGUUGCAGGUCAUCAGCAGCAGCUGUGGCAGCACACCCAGUGCCAGCCUGGGCAGAGGAGGUGGGGGCAGUGCCUCGGGGCCUGGGGUGAGAGGCCCCGGCAGAAUGCGAGAACAUCAUGCAGGCUCAGCUGUGCCAAGCACAUACGCCGUAUCACGGCAUGGCUCCUCUCCCAGCACAGGGGCCUCCAGUCGUGUGCCAGCUGCAUCCCAGAGCUCAGGCUGCUAUGACAGUGACAGUCUGGAGCUGCCCCGGCCAGAGGAAGGGCCCUCGGAGGACAGUGGCCCUGGGGGCUUGGGUUCACGGGCCCAGGCUACCAACGGUGGUUCAGAGCGGUCCCAGGCCCCUCGUAGUUCAGGCCUAAGACGACAGGCCAUCCAGAACUGGCAACGCCGACCUCGUCGUCACAGCACCGAGGGGGAGGAGGGUGACGUUUCGGAUGUGGGCUCCCGAACUACUGAGUCAGAGGCUGAAGGACCCUCAGAUGUCCCACGCCCUGGACCUGCUGUGGCUGGCCCCUUGAACAGCUGCCGGCUCUCUGCACGUCCUGAAGGAGGCAGCGGGCGAGGCCGUCGGGUGGAGAGAGGUAGCCCCUCACGCUCCAAUGAGGUCAUCAGCCCAGAAAUCCUCAAGAUGCGAGCUGCCCUCUUCUGUAUCUUCACCUACCUGGAUACCCGGACACUGCUCCAUGCAGCAGAGGUCUGUCGGGACUGGCGCUUUGUGGCCCGCCAUCCCGCUGUCUGGACGAGAGUGCUACUUGAGAAUGCCCGAGUCUGUUCCAAGUUCCUGGCGAUGUUGGCUCAGUGGUGCACCCAGGCUCACUCGUUAACAUUACAGAACCUGAAGCCCCGGCAGCGGGGGAAGAAGGAAAGCAAGGAGGAGUAUGCCCGCAGCACCCGGGGCUGCCUUGAAGCAGGGCUGGAGUCCCUGCUGAAGGCAGCUGGUGGGAACCUGCUGAUCCUGCGAAUCUCCCACUGCCCCAACAUCCUCACUGACCGGUCCCUCUGGCUGGCCAGCUGCUACUGCCGUGCCCUGCAGGCUGUCACCUACAGGAGUGCCACGGACCCCGUCGGCCAUGAGGUGAUCUGGGCCCUGGGUGCAGGCUGCAGAGACAUUGUCUCCCUCCAGGUGGCGCCACUUCACCCCUGCCAGCAGCCCACCCGGUUCAGCAACCGUUGCCUGCAGAUGAUUGGACGCUGUUGGCCCCACCUCCGGGCCCUGGGCGUAGGUGGUGCCGGCUGUGGGGUACAGGGCCUGGCAUCACUUGCAAGAAACUGUAUGCGGCUGCAGGUCCUGGAGCUGGACCACGUGUCAGAGAUUACCCAGGAGGUGGCGGCUGAGGUCUGCCGGGAAGGCCUGAAGGGACUGGAGAUGCUGGUGCUCACAGCCACCCCUGUCACCCCUAAGGCCCUGCUUCAUUUUAACAGCAUCUGCCGGAACCUUAAAUCCAUUGUGGUGCAGAUUGGGAUUGCAGAUUACUUCAAAGAGCCCAGCAGUCCCGAGGCCCAGAAGCUGUUUGAGGACAUGGUGACAAAACUCCAGGCCCUGCGUCGGAGGCCUGGCUUCUCGAAGAUUCUGCACAUCAAGGUAGAAGGUGGUUGCUAACCCGGGUGAGGGGCGGCAGGGCACCUGCCAGCCCCACACCAAGUGCUCUUUGGACCUCUGGAGAGGCCCUGGCUUGGACUAGACCUUUGGAGGCCUAGUGUUACCCCAGGUUCCAGACAGUGGUUGAAUAUCCUGUCCAGUUGGGACAGCAGUGACAGGUGACUCAGAGCACUGCCUCCCCGGGACAGGGGACUUGGAAAGAAGCUGCCCUGAGACACCUCUCCCCUCACAUCCCCAGCUGGAAUGGCCUGCUGGUACAGCCAGCAAGGAGCUGACACACCUGCUGCUGGUUGUCACUGCGCAGAGGAUCUGCAGUAGCCACCCAGGGCCUCCUCAGCUGCUCAGGCAGGCCAUCUCCUGGUCAGGAGCCAGAUGGGGCUUAAAGCAGCUCAGACGUGGCAAGGAGGACUCUUCUCCCCUUUUCGUGACCGAGCCCUCUGUAAGGCCUUUCUUCCAGGUCCACAUUCUCCAGUGAUAAUCUAGGCGAGCCUAGGAAUCCAGGGACAAGGUUAGCUGAAAGUUGAGGCAGGGCCAUAAGGGUGAAUUUCAAAAGCUAAAAUAAAAUGUCUAUAGAGUACACCAGGCAGGAUGAGGCCUACACCUCCCCAGCAGGUAAAGUACUGGUCAGUUGGAGGAGGCUACUUCUCGCUACCACAAUAUAGAGCUAAGCUCAAAGCAGUCUCUAUACAACUCCUUGCUUCGGGGAUCACAGAGAGCAAGGGACCCAGCAAAGCCCUACAGUGAGAAGGGACCUCUUAACCCAGGCAUUUCGGCAAGAUCCCCAAAGGGAGGGGAGACCCCGGGCUACCUGCUGUGCUGGAGUUUGGGGGAGGGGGAGCUUGCUUGACCUAACUAGUGGCUUGAGAAGCCUUUGGCAAGGAGCCAGAUCCUGGUGCUGAGGCGGAGGAAUAAUUUCCACAGCCUGUGUCUCUACAGUCCUGGGCUGAAACUAUAGUAGGAGAAUCCUUGUGAUAGGGUGUCGCCGGCCCUUGCAUCGUACCCAAGAAGUCUGGUCACCAAAGCCCCACUGGCUGAGCACACCUAACCGAAUUCCUCUGCUCAGAACGUGGAGUGGCCGAGGCCAUGAGUCUUGGCAGCCCUCAUUUGGGCAGAUCUUUCAAACGCCUGGUUUGUCGUCCACAUCUUAGGGUUUUCUUUGCUCCUUUGUAAGGUGGGAUCCUCUUGCCAGUUUUCUCCAGCUGUGCCACACCCUGGACUGGGUGCAAACCCAUCUGUAUGUUGCUGCCACACAAGUCCCUUCCAUUGCUGCACAGCCUCCAGCUCGAUGCUCCCCGAUCCUAUAGCCCUGUCCCAGUUUAUCAUCAUCGCUGAGUUGCGUGGCUUGCUCUGUACCUGCUCUUUACACACUGAAAUGCCAAGGCUGUCAGUGCUGGAUACUCCAUGCCUAGUCCUGCAUGAAACCUUGGCUGUGUGGUAUCUAUGCCCCUACCUCUCACAGCUGCCUCCCGUUACUCCCACCUCCCCAGCCUUGUCCCCAAGGAGUCACAGGCAACAGCACAACUUUCCUCUCCUUCUGUGACCCAGAAGGGAGGUGGAGGUGCACUUGGGCCCCAGCUGCCUUUAGUAGGUCAGUUGUUUUGCCAGCUGCAUCCAUGUAGCUCCUGCUCCCUGUGACUCUUAAGACCAGAGGUGCUGCCCUUCCUGUCUCUUGGAUAAAGCACAAAGUAAUGUAGCUGGCCAAGCCUGCCAGCAGGGGCUUCUGUUUCACAAUCCUAGGAUUUGGACAUCUCCCUGGGCAGGGGAGGCACUAGAAUGCCUGGGUGCACAGGGUUGCACAGCCAUCAGGGCAGGAGGCAGGACCAAGAUGCUGGUUCCAGGCAUUCUGACCCACGGACAGGGAAACCUACCCCUAAGAAGUCUCACCUGUGUUCUUGCUCUGAGUAAAGGUGAGUAAAGUGAAAAUUGCAGACCUAAGCCUUUACCAACCUAAGUGACAGGUCACUGUGUCCUGGCUGAGUCUUGGGCAUCUUAGUCUUCAGGCAUGCGGAGAGCCAGCAGCUCUGUCUCCAAGUUGUGGUUUCUUUGCUUUCUCCAAAGGGGGCCAUCCCUGCUUCUGGGUGCUGUGCUCAUUUCUAUCUUGAGCAGUCACAGAGCCAAUGGGGAUAGGGUGGGUGCCUGGCUUCCUUAGAAGCACCUCAGCCUUUCUUCAGCCACUCAAAGGGAAGAGGGAAGCCCUCUGCGUCUCAUACUUAAGUAAGGCACAGAAAACUCGCGUGGGCAUGCCCUGCUCCAGAAGCACUGGGUCAAUGGAGAAGAAGGCUCACAGGUGGCAGCCACUUGCCAUCUCUUCCACUCCCAUCCCCUGCCAAACAGCACGUGUAAAUUGGGGCAUGGUUUGGCUUGAGUACUUCAUGCUUAUGCAGGCUGCUUUUCCCCACAGUUAUGGCAAAAAAUGUAUGCACCUUGCCCAGAACACCAGCUUUCCACCCAUCGAGAGAGUACCCUAAAAUUAGGCUUUUCUUUUAAAAAAAAAAAAAACAUUAACAGAGGCUAAAUCGGCCUCAGGAAUUGCAUCAGAAACUUAACAGGCCUCUUUCCCAAGGCCUGCUGCUCUGUCACCAGCCCUGAUCUUGAAUGCAGAACACAGGCAAUAAGCUGUCAACCCCAGUCUCUGUAAGGCACGAUGUUGAAGGAAAACUUCCCAGAAUUGACAGCUGGUGCCAAAGACAUAGUUCCUGGUGAACUUGGAGAGGUGAGACUUCAGUGCCCUCUGGAGUUGUUAAGCACUGGUGGGGCCUACCCUAGCCACCAGCUUGAUGACUUGGCAGUCUCGCUGCCCUUGGUGGCCCUGCUUUCUCAUCCAGCCUUGGCUCAGGCCAGCAUCUCUCUCUGUAUAUAUUACUGUGUAGUGUGUGUAUAACCUGGACAAGUGAGUUCAGCUGUAGUCCUUGCCCAAGGACAAGGCUUAAGGUUGGGUGAAGAGCAGACCGUUAGGCUUUCCCCGACUCUUUGGGGCCUUAGUCCUGAGACUGCCAGACAAUCAAGCAGGUACCCCACCAGGAGGCCAGCUCUGGACCUCUGCCAUUAUCACAGCCCUGGGGAGGCUUGGCCUGGAACCCCCAAGUCUUUACUCAGCCCUGGCAAGGAACUCAGGCAGGGACCUGAGGUGGCUCAAGAGGGCACAGCUGGCCCCUAGGCCCUGACUCCCUGCACAGCCAGGCUGCAACCUGCCCCCAUGCACACUAGGCAGAGGGGUGGACAGGAACUUAUGGUUUUAGUUUUGUUUCUAAAGUGGUGCCUGUACCUCCAGCCCCCAGGGGGCCUUCCCUGGCCCCACUUUUCUGCCCCACCCAGGCAUUGCCAUCCCAGCACUUUGCUCCAUGUCACCCAGAUGCCCUCUGCCGAAUGUAUCUGAUCGUAUGUAUUUAAAAGGAUUCACGGGCAUCAGAAUUUCUGGUUCUGUAUCCAAUAAAAGAUGGUGAAACUGAAAA